GUCAAUACUGUCAAAGCCAUCUGUCACUGUCAUCUUAGCUCCUUGACAUUUGUGUUUGUUUAUUUACUUAAAUCCUCUAAUUUGUAUAUCCCUUGAUUUGUAAAAUACCUAUAAAGUAUUUAAAAAAUGAGUAAAACUGCCACUACGGAACGAAGUUUUAAGGGCUUAAAUGAUACCACUGAGGACUUAACUCCUCUCUGUAGGACAUGCCUUCGGAAAAAGGACGACAUGAAGUUCCUCCCUCUUAACUUGGAGCAAAUGAAUUCAAUACUGCAAAGGCUAAUGUUCUUAUUAAAUGUUGAAAUAACAUUAGCGGAAAAGACCCCAAUGUACUUAUGCAGUACUUGUGAGGAAUAUAUUAACAUUAGCUAUAAUUUUAAGGAACAGUGUAUCCAAUCGAAUGAUUAUAUACAGAAUUGGGUGAGCUUGAAAGAUUCAGAUUUAUUGCCGUUUGAAGAUGAGGUUAAAGAUCAUAUUGUGGAUAAAAGUGAUUUAAUAGAACAACAAUGUUCAUCUUGUAACACAACAUUUAAAACCUUUAAAGAUGUCCAUUUGAAUCACAGUGCUUCCCUUUGUCAUCUUUGUAAGUUCCAAACAUUAGGAACUGGUUUAGACUCUAGACAAAUUGAGAUGUCUAAUGAGUGUGAUGAUGACCCUUUAAACCUUGAUUGCCAAGACUCUAAAGAUGAUUUGGGAGUAAAGUACCAACAGAGGUUGCGGUUAAAGCAGUAUAGCCCCGAGGAAAUUAGAAACAUUGUAGAUGCAGUUAAAAAAAAGUACUAUAAACAUGUGACUUGUAAGAUAUGUAAGUUUACUGGGGCAGAAAAUAGGAAUUUAUCAGUCCAUAUUGGACGGGUUCACAGUGAAAUAAAACACAUGUGGUGUUCAAUUUGCAAUGAGACUUUCCCAGAUCUGAACCAGCACCAUGAAGAGGUUCAUAGUGACGAUUUAAAAUGCCCACUUUGUGGUAAAAACAGGAGGAACAUGGGCAAAUUUGUUGAGCACAUGAGUUAUCAUACAGCAAGUCGCUUUUUUCAAUGCUCUAUUUGUGGAAGCAGUUACAACUUUUUAAGGCAACUAAAGAGGCAUCAGCUUCUCCAUCAUAGGGUUCAAAGGGCACCAGAGAAAACAGUUAAAAAAUCAGUUACCGAGCCUGAAAAGUGCUCAGUCAAAGUAAAGUAUUUGUGCCCUCAUUGUGGAAAACAGUUUACUGCCAACCAUAAACUUGUGGUACACAUUCGGUCCCAUACAGGUGAGGCCCCGUACCAAUGUGGCUUCUGUGAUAAAAGAUUUAAAGUGAGAGCUCAUUAUUUAAUGCACGAGAGGACACAUACAGGGGAAAAGCCUCAUAAAUGUACAUUUUGUGAUAAGAGUUUUGCUCAAAGUAGUACCUUGAAAACUCAUUUAAUUAUUCAUACUGGAAAGAAAAUUGAAUGUACGAUAUGCCGAAAGACUUUCUGUAGGGCUGCUCAGUUACGGUUGCAUAUGAGGGAGCAUACAGGUGAAAAACCGUACAAAUGUGAAACCUGCAGUCAAACCUUCAAGCAAAAAAGCCACCUGGUAGAACAUUCCAAGAGACAUUCGGACGACAGACCAUUCGAAUGCAGUUUUUGCGGGAAGAGUUUCAAAAAUCAAUACACGAUGAAAGUACACGAGCAAAUCCAUACAGGUGACAAACCGUUUCAAUGUUCCCAAUGUACGUACGCAUGUAGACAGGCCUACUCUUUAACCCAACACAUGAAACAACAUGAAAAUGACAAGCCUCAAGGCCAUAACCCACACGUGUGUCACGUAUGUCAAAAGUCUUAUGUCACGUUGGCACAUUUGUUCACUCACAUGAGAAGAUACCAUCCGAAUAUUAUACUGACCAACCAAACAGAGGAGCCUUUACCUUCAGAUCCAGAUGACCCCCCAGAAGAAGAAGAAGAAGAAGAAAAUCCCUAUAUUCCAAUGGAAAUUAAAGUUUUAGAAAACAAUGACUUUAUCCCUGAGGAAAGUGGAACUACAUCUAACCAGGUUGAGGAAUCACCGAUGUUAGAAUUUACAGUAUUAGAUUAGGAAAAUAUGAAAUUUAAUUUUAAUUGUCUUUGUUAGCUUUCACAAGCUGUAAGUAGCUUUAUAGAUGAACUGUUAUGGUUUUCAUCGUACAUUAGGAUCGAUCGAUUGAAUUUAUGUUUUAUUUAAGAAACAAACACAAAUUUUUAAUAAAAAAUUUUCGUAGUACGACCCUGAUUGUAAUGUCGCUUGUCAGUCAAUUGAUGUUUAACUCAUGCUUCGUCUGUCAAAACCGAUUUGUUGACAUACAGGGUCGUAAUGAGGCGAGAAAAAUAAUGAAAUUUAAUUUUAUUUAAUCGAUGUAUUUGUUUAUACAUUUUAAGGAAAAAUAUGCUACUGUAUGUAUUUUCUAGUCUAUCCUCUAUGCGUCUUUGCACUAGAUAUAUCACAACUAGGUUGACUUGUACUGGAUUUGUGGGUCCUAAAAUGAAAAAAAAAAUGUAUAUAUAUUAUAUGGAAAUUAA